AAGUCCAUUAAACUUUGGCCGGUGUGUUGUCCUGCUACGAAACCUGUUACAUCGAUGUUCACCAGAAUACUUUAACACAGUUGAAGCUGUGGGUGUGUGUGUUAAACCAACAGCAGUCUUCUAAGAUGUCAGAUUCACAAAGUAAAAUCUUUCUAUUAACUGGUAGAACCGGCAAUGGCAAAAGUUCAACCGGAAAUUUCUUUCUGUCUGGGCUGUAUUUCCUCCCACAUAGUAGUCUAUCUGAUGAUACGAGAAUACUUCGCUACUCUGCUACAGUUACAGGCAGAGCUAUAACGGUGAUAGAUGGAACUGGUAUUGGGGACAUUGGAGAAGAUCUGGCUUGUAGUGCCGAGGAUUUGUUGGAAAACACAAGAGAAGCUUUACAAGAUGGCGGGUUUGAUGUCCUGGUGUUUGUUCUAAAGUACGGCGUGAGAUUCACCAAACAAGAGAAAGACGCCGUACAGAGGGUUAAAGACAUGUUUGGUGAGGAUGUGUUCAAAACACGAGGUGUCAUUGUCAUGACGUAUGGGGAUAAUUUUCAACUUGACAACGAAGAUGAAAAUGUUGAAUUUGUUGACUGGUGUCGUAGACAGACAGGAGAAGUUGAAAAUCUUUUUGAGGAAGUUCAGUAUAGGAUUGUUUUAGUUAACAACAAGACCAAAGAUAAAACGGCAACCCGGGAAGAAUUUUUCGCUCUAACAGAUAAACUUAAUAUUAGUACUUAUACUAUAACUGACUUUGACAAAAACAAAACUAAACACGAUUUUAUCGUCGUCAACGAGAAUCGUCCAAAGCAUAUUAAGGUAGUCAAAGAUUUCAUCGCGACUGUCCAUGCACAGAUAAAGAAAAACUACUUCACAUACGCCAGUGAUAGAAAGAUGUUGGUUUCGGAACUUGAAACGUGUAAGAAGCAAUUAGAAGAAAAGUUAGAACUUAUACGAUAUGAGGAUAAAGGCACAAAGAUUCUUCGUGAUCUCGAAGACAGUUUGUCACUUGAAGUACUAACACUGAAUUCGAAACUAAACGGUUUAAGAAUUAAUAUAAAUCCUGUCGACGAAGAUCGAGAUGCUGAUUUGAAAGGCAAUGGUGGACCUAAAAAACCGAAAAAAGACGUGUGGGUAGUUUGCAAGACGAUAGGUAUCCUACUUGGUGGAGGGUUUGUUGUAUACUUUAGUUGCAGUAUUCUGUAUCGUUUGUAUAGACACCGAUUUACUGAUCCUGCCGCCCCUAAUACAAUAUGGACUUAUGGACGAUUUUCUCUGAGCCGUUCGCUCGGAGGCAAAAUGACAAGCUUGUUGUCAUGGAAGUAGCUCAGAGCUUAUACAA